UUCCUAAAUGCUCUUGAAAGAAAGAAAAAUGUGGUCAAGAUGAUGAAGUCCUAGUUCGGCAACUCAGUGCCAGUGGUGGUAUGGGAGCGCUGCAUUGCAUAUACUCGACCCCUCGAAGCUAUCGUCACCGAAGUUCAGCUCAGAAACCUACCAUGAUAUGAUAUGUCUUCUAUAACCAUACUCAUACUCCAAUCAGUGUUGCUUCUUCUACUCCAUACUCACUAACGCAAUUCGUCACUUGCAACAAACAAUGCUACUCACGUGUUACCACCACCCCUUCCCUCAUUCGUUUUCUUCAACCUCAACCCAUUCACUCUGCACCACAAAUAGAAACUGCAACCUGUCUCUCUCUUUCUCCAUCGUAACCUCGCGUCCUCUCCACCUCACAACGCAAAACCUUAACCUCACUGCUCAACGCUUCAAUUCCCUCACCGUCCGCGCCGACUCAUUUUGCCUCCGAUCCGAACAUGUCGCCGUCGCCGGCGUUUCCAAUUUCGACUCUCUCCUUUCGCUGCUCGAGUUCUCGUGCCUGCUCUCUUCCGCCGUAGCGUCCGCUGCUGCCGCCGUGGUCGCGGGUUCCAAGAACGAGCUCCUCGUGGGGAUCGGUACCAGAGCUGCUCCGUUCGGCGGUGCGUUGCUUGUGGUCGGGGUUCUAGUCGGCGCGUGGAUUCGGAGGCGGCAGUGGAGGCGCGCGUGUGUGGAGACUGGGAAGGGCGGGUUGGAGGUGAACUUGUUGGAGAGGAUUGAGAAGUUGGAGGAGGAUAUGAGGAGUUCCGCGACGGUUGUUAGGGUUUUGUCGAGACAGCUCGAGAAAUUGGGGGUUAGGUUUAGGGUUACAAGGAAGGCAUUGAAGGAUCCCAUCGCUGAGACUGCAGCUUUGGCCCAGAAGAAUUCUGAGGCUGCUAGAGCAUUAGCAGUGCAAUCAGACAUUUUGGAGAAGGAACUUGGUGAAAUUCAACAGGUUUUACUAGCAAUGCAGGAACAACAGCGAAAACAACUUGAUCUGAUUCUUGCAAUUGGGAAGGCUAGUAAGCUAUGGGAAAGCAAGCACGAAACCAGUGAACGACAUGAUACAUUAGAAAUGUCUAAUUCAGCCGAGGAUGAGGUAAAACAGGAGAGUACCUCAAAUUUGCUGUGGAUACAGGUGAGAAGAGAUUACACGACAGUCAAGACAAACUAAUGUGGGGGCAUUUGUUGAACUCUGUCCAGUUAUAGGGUGAAAGUUCAGGAACGUAUCUGUUGGGUUGUGCAUGUAUUUUGUAUUCAAGUUUAUAAGCUGUUCUCCAUCAAUUUUCUUUCUACAUGCUUAUGUUGGUAGUUAUAAAGGCUCGGUAUCACAUUUUUCUCCCUGCCCUGCAUGUUUCUGUAUCAUAAUUAAAAUGAACCUUCAACAUUCAUUGAUUAAUAUUGAAAAUGUUGAUUGGUUAA